AUGUCGCAGCAACAACAAGCAGGUCAUACUAUCGCAGAUGUUUACAAGGGUGUGAUAAAUGAUGUCAUCGGGCAAGUUAAGGAAGCAUUUCUGGACGAAAAUGUUGAUAUUGAUGUUUUACAACAGCUUAAAAAGGAUUGGGAAGAGAAGUUAAUCGCAAGCAAUAGUGUUGAUUGGGAUGGUCCACGACAUGUACCACCACCUCCAUUACGACAGAUGAAGCAACCGAUUAUGACAAGUACAACUUUACCUCCAGGCAGCACUGUCCGUAUCGCACAAAAUGGGCAGGUGAUACCAUUUUUACACUGUACUGUAGUUCGAUUUUCGAGGAAAGGAAAGGAAAAGAAGACAUCAGUAUUUUGUUUAUCAGUAAAAUCAUUAUCUGGUGAAGAAUUGGGUACUUUUAAAGUGCAUAUAUUGGUUCAGCAGCCAGCACGCUCAUCAUCAUCGUCACAGGUUGCACAGCCAGCAUUAGUUAUGCAAGCCAGCGGCACGUCAAGCAUACAAAGGCCAGUACAGCAGGUGCAAUACAUUAGCGCCGCUAAUAUUCCGAUCAGUAGUGAUCCAAAUACUGUUGUCAUACAGCGACAAUCAUUGAACCAGAAUGCAUCGCAGAUAACUACAGUGGCUCCUGGGAUGAUUACAUUUCCUGCUGGACAAAGUCAAACACGAAUUGUUCAACAGGGUGGUCAACAGUUUUUGAUGCAUGGAAGUACGACAGCUAAUCUUCCAACGGGCAGCAGCGUUAUGAUUUUGAAUGCUGGUUCACAAAUCCCGGUGACCCUAAAUAAUGCUGUCGUUUAUCAACCGGCAAAUAGACAGUCACUUCAAUCUGGACAAUCUAUUCCGAAAUCGGAAAGUGCGAUUCAGAUGCUUGACGGGGCAAUUAGUUUAGCUGCUAAAACAUCUAAGGCUGGUUCAUCUCGCACAGAUCACAAACACACAGGGCGAAAAACCGAUCAGGAAUGUAACGGUACUCUAAAAAAGUUAGUACAGUUAGAUGGAGCAACCCGAGUUAGUGAUUCAUCAUCAGAAGAGGAAGAAAUGGAUGAAGAGGAUGAUGAUGAUCCACUGAGGACUAUUGCUGACCGCAUAAGUGAUGAGGGAAAUGCUGUUGAAGAUGAAGAUCAGGUGAUCGAAGAAGAUCCACUAAAUUCUGGUGAUGAUCAAAGUGACGAUGAAGAUGUAGAACGGCUUUUCGAAGCAGAGAACCUAGUAAUGUGCCAAUUCGAAAAAGUACAUCGUGCUCGUAGCAAGUGGAAGUUCACUUUGAAAGAUGGGAUAAUGCAUAUACGUGGUAAGGAUCACUGCUUCCAACGCUGUUCGGGUGAGGCGGAAUGGUAG